UUUUGAUUUUCGGGUGGUGUUCGUCGAGCAAAAAAAAAGAGAGGAAACAGAGAGAGAGGGAUAGAGAGAAGAAGAAGAAGAAGAAGAGUGAGAGAGAGACAACGGAGUUGAGAAAAUUCGAAGGCGAAGAGGCUGAACUUCGGGGAGCUUUGCAAUGGAGCAAGAGCUCUGUUGUUUUCUUUCGUCCUAGGUAGAUCAGAGCACCGUGAGGCGACUAGAAGUACACUAGGGGAAGAAACCGAAUGGAGGAAGAAAAGGAGGAAAACAAUAAGCUUUGAGUUCUUGAUUAGUUCGUCGAGGUUCGCAUCAUUUGGUAUCGGAGCUUUGGCUCCAAUCCAGGUUUCACCUAUCCUGUUUUGUUCUGUUGUUAUCCAUUGUCCUUAGGGUUUGUAAAUCGUUGAUAGAAGUUGUGAUUUUUGUUGGCUGAUUCCAACUAUCCUGAAGAACCUUAAAGUUUCAGUUUAUCUUAUUGGAGAUCCCAAAAAAAAAAUUUCGUCCAAAAAAAUACAGAGGAAAAAAAGGAAAAAAGUUGAAAAAAAGAAGAAGAAAGGAAAGAGCAAUUAUUUGUAAAAUCUUUACUUUACUUUUGGGGUGGAAGAAGCUUCCUUAGAUAUCACUGCUAAUCAAAUGAAGUAGGGAAUUCCAAAAGUUUCAUGUUAUUUUCUUUUAUACCUGCCAUUAUCCCUAAAUUACUUUCCUUUAUAUAUUCUUAUUUACUUUGAUGAACAAUUGGCAUAUAAAGUGCAGUUGGGAAAUCUAAUAUUGUUUCCUUUCAAUCGCAUAUUUUCCUAUCAUAUUUUUUUUUUGUCUCUUAGAAUAAUUCAUUCCUUCCAUUUCGAUACUUUCCAUAAAUCUCUUGUUUCCUUAUUCCCACAAAUCUUCCUUGUACAUCUCAGUUGUUUAGUGAACUUUAUCUACCACAUUAUUUCAUUUCUUAUUUAGGUUUGGAUCCUAAAAUCAACUGAUUUUACUCUUGCGAUUGAAUUGCUUAGUUUCUUAGGAACUUUGAGGAGAAAAUCUAGAGAGAAAAAAAAGAGGCAAGAGUGGUGAGUAUAUCAGAGGGUAAAAGCGUAAAAUUGAUGAAACAUGAGUGUUGAGUGACAUUAAUUUUGAGUGCAAACACGUGAGCGAGUGGUUGUGAGGUCCAUCUCUAUUUCUAAAGUUUCACUUGCAGAUUUCAUCAUGCCACAAGAAAGCAGUGGCAAUGAUCAGAAUAACGGAGGAACUGAUUACAACAUGAUGAUCCGAGAUUUGCAGCAACAAUUUGAGCGCAUGAAUGUGAUGGUUGAUUUGAUUUACGAUCGGUUGGAACGGCGAGACAAACAGAUUGAACAGUUGCUAGAUGGCUAUGAUGAAGCUUCCGGUUCAUCCUCUUGCAAAUUGAAGUGGGGUUCUUCGAUGAAGAAGGAAGAGAAAAUAGCCUUGAAGCCAAUAAAAGAGAAACUCACAAACAAGUUUCAACCCAAUGACAAAGAGAAUGGUCAUAUUGCUUCUCAAUUCCUGGACAGCAAUGGUCGAAACGCAAUACUAUUGCCGCUUCCACCCAACCAAAUGGAUGAAGAGCAGCUUCAAAGCAAGCAUUCCUUUGGCGAGAAAAGUGAGGAAUUCAAGAAUGUCUUUCUCGAGCAAAUGCCACUAGAACAGUCACCAAUCAAGUUGGUUGUCAUAGAUUCGAGGACGAAUCCUUUUGAAGAGAGGGGGAAUGAUAUGAUCCAGCUAGAGGACCCUUCGUUCGGGCUUGAGGAAGAAUCCCAGGAUGACAGGGCCGGGCAUGAAGGCGAGCUUUGGGAUAAGCAUGUGCCAACUAGAGCAAGUACAAGAGUACGAGCCAAGCGAAUCCAACAAGCUAUGCAAAGGCUGUUAUUGCAUGUUCAUGGAGGAGAAGUCGAGCUCUUGGGCGGGCUACAUGUUGAACAACAAGCCACGACUGUUCAUAUCCUAGAAAUCUAUUUAGAAAAUGAUCCCAGUUCAAAGGGUUGAAUUCAGUUGCUUUUCAAUAACUUAGGCCUAUUUUAUUUUGGGCUUAUUAUACUUAGGAUUUAUUUUAGCCAAGCCCAUUAGCCCAUUUUAGUUAUCAGCUAGUAUCUCUCUAUAAAUAGGCAUGUGGCCUUCCUAGAAAAGAGAGAUCAGUUUUCCUUGAACUUUGUGAGAGAGGUUUUCUUUGAGUUGUUUUGCAGCAACUUCGCCGAUAUUGCAAGUGUGAUGACUUGUGAUUCCCGACAUUUAUAAUAUUGGUUUCUAGCUCUUUAUAGCUAGCGGGUCAA